ACAGCAGUCUGAUGGUGAUGAAAUGUUCAAAUACCAUUUCAGACAUAACAACAAGGAAUACUGCAUCGAUGCCUCAAAAGACACGUGUCUGGCAUGCAUGGUCAACGACUUGGACCGAUACACAAAGCCUAAUUGCAAAAUGGUUAAAGUUGUUGAUGACAGACAUCAACCAAGACUCUGUCUGUAUGCAACUGAAAUGAUCAGCAAAGACACUGAAUUGAGGUACGAUUAUGGUGUUGCUGAUGUACCUUGGAGAAAGCGAAAGAUGCUGUUAAAGAUGGUCAUACAGCUGCAGAUACUACAGAGGUCACAGAAACAUCUGAAGAUGCCCUCGGUGAAUCAGCAGAAGUCUUGGAACAUGCUUAUCAUGAUGCUGUAGGGAACAGUGGGACAGUUGCCCCAUCCACAGUUGCCCCAUCCACAGUUGUCUCUGAAC